UACAAUAUUACAACUCAGCCGAUGAUAGGUUAUAUUCAAGCACGUGCUGUAUCCAUCCCUAAUUCGCACCGGUUGCCAUCUAAUGGCCACGCUGUUUUGUGGCUCGACAGAACAUACGAGGUCUCUUAUUUUCGAGACUGCCAUUCAUUGGGCGGACGAAGGCCGACGAGUAGUUUACGUCGCGCCUAAACCGCUGGCAUCGCUGCCCCCUAUUUAUCACGACAGAAAUCCACCGGCUGCCGCGACCUUCAAAUUGAUUCGGUUCAUGUACUUGCCGAAUUAUGAGGCUUUGAUGGAACAGCUAGUGGACCUACAUAAAUUCGAAAUUCUGCCCACCGUCCUGAUCAUCGACAAUCUUGAGCACUAUGCCUCCGAUCCCUCUGUCAAAGGACACAGGGAGAUCCAUAUAGCGAGGAUGUGCACCCUUAUUCUGGAUUCGAUGAAUGCUGUUUCGAAGAUUACAAACAUAGAUGUUCAUGCGUGUGCCUCCAUAGACAUUGAGAAAGACCUCCCCAGGUCUGUUUACGCUUUGUACUUUGACAACAUCUGGGAAUUCACCCGUGACCAAGACAAGGAGGGUACGUUCUGGCUGAAAAAGAUGCAAGUAGGUCUGUCGAACGCUUGCUCGAUGUUAUACAAGUAUGCGAAACGUCAAGACGGGAGUGUGAUUUUUGAAAAGGCAAUGCAAGAGACGGUGAAGGUAUACGUGUCGCUCAAAGAAGAACACACGACUCAGGAAACAGACUCGUCUACCAGUUGAUCGGCAAUCUGUAAUUAAUACUCUCUAGUGCUUACUUUUUCACUUGAGCUCCUAAGAAACAAUCCUUUUCGUUUAUUACACAUUAGAAAACAUACGGACGCACAGUGAUGGGAUAUUAUCUUAACACUUUAGUUAUUCUAUUUGUGUUCGCAAAAUUCAUUUGAACGUCGAUGUUUCCAAUUUAAAGGGCAUCGGUGUAGAUUGCAGUUGCAGAUGUUCGGGGGACGUUUCUGUGUUAAAUGUUUCCUCGAUGAUGCCAAUUGUUUACAAUAUCGCCCAGAGGUCUACGAGUGUCAUACGAUAAGGCCCGUCACCCUUUUUCUCGGAGAAAAACACGGAACAGACGCCGUUAGCAUCAGCGCGUUACAAUUAUUGUACGCCGGUGAAUCAUAAAGUAACGGAGCUAUAAUAACGUAAUUGUUCCCGAUGGAAAUAGCCUUUUGAUAAGGCCGUCUCUGGGAGCGGGAGGGAGAUCGUCGGAGAAGAAUCAUCCCUUGUCCGACGAGUUCAGUAAGAUGAGGUCGCUCAAGGCUCAUGGGUCCAAAUUGUUCUCCGAAAAAAAGAGUCCUGAACGAUUGUAUCUGGCUUUGAUUAAUUUUGUCAAGAAGGUUUAUCUGAAGUUUUAUUAACGAGACAUUUAAUUUUCAGAAUUUAUUUCGAAGAUAAUCACCUACACAUGGUGUGAGGUAAUUAUCUUCAAAUCAUUUGUCAGUAAACCUUGACCUCGGUGUUAUUCGCUUCAAGUUUGGAGUUUAGUUCUAGUCCUUAAUGAGAUUCCCAGUCCACGGACCGUUAGUAUCGCGGCCCAUUCUUUAGACCCUUAAACCUUAAUGCCCAAUUACUCUCCGUCACGAUUUGCAAGUCAUAACGACCAAGGGCUCGCUUUCUUAAACGCAUAAGAGGCGAGAGCUCACGAAAAUGCCCGCGGGGUCCGGGCCCAAUCUCCAUAAACCAUAAAUCGGGUCAUACGAGUUGCAUAAGUCGCGGAAUCGUCGCUUCUGGAGCGGCGAAUUCCACUCGCGAGUAGGUUUCGGAUCUCAUGUAAGCCUGCGUGUCUCAUUUAUGUAAUUUGUGUAAUAUGUUCGUUACAAUAAUAGGAGAACUUGCAUACAUAUCGUUCCUCUUCGAUCCAACCGCGUCUCUAUGGUAAACGUCUCCAUGGCAACCGUUACCAGAGUACGCGUCUCCGU